AGGCUCUGUGUGUGUGCGGGCGUGUGUAUAUACAAUUGUUAAUUUUGUGUUAUAUGUAACAUUUAUUUAUUAAAACUUAAAAUAUUGUAGCAAACUUUAUUACACCUUCGGUGGGAGAGUUUUUCGAUACGGUAGAGUGGGUUGGACUGAAUGAGGAGGAGAGUAAGAAACUAAUCGAGAAAUACAACAAGGAAGGUAAGGAAGCUGGAUUUGGCCAACAACAACCAGCAAAGCGAGCCCGUCUCGACAAGAACGAACCUGCUAACAGAGAGAUACGCGACUCACGAAAUAAUAGAGAUAUACGAGAUUAUCGUGACAGGAGAAACAAUUUGUGCACUCGUGGUCUAGAUCAAGACAGAGGAGGUCGCAAUCCUCCUUGGCGUGGUGGCAAUAAUAUGGGAGGUUGGAGAGGAGACAGACCGCAGAGAGGCGGCUACAUGAGGCAUAGCGGUGGCUAUGGACCUCCCGUUCCAUGGAGAAUGCGAGGACGCGGUGGACCCUUGCGAGGGGUAGACCGACGAGGUGGUGGGAUUGACAGAAGACAAGGAAACGAUAGAAAUCGACCUGUUGCAGCUAGACAAGGAAAUUGGGGUCAUAUGAGCAGUAGUUAUCAAGGAUCACAGCAGAGUGGAUGGGGGGGAGGUUCCGAUAAUUGGUCUGGUGGCCAAACGCAAGGUAGCUGGAGUCAACAGGGAUGGGGCCAACAACAAUGGGGAGGCAGUUGGAAAGGAUACGGCGGUCAAGGGACAUACAGCCAGGCGGGGUACAGUCAGCAACAGGGCUAUGGCAAUGGCAAUUGGAACAAUUGGAACCAGCAGUAUUACAACAAUCAGUAUUGGGGCCAGCAACAACAGAGUGGACAAACCACUGCAGCUGGCAGCCAAGCUGAAAUUGCAAAUGAAACGGUUGCAACAACCGAUACGGGAGCAGGAUACAGUUACUCGCAAGGUUGGCAGAGUUACACGCCAGGACGAACUACUGCCGCACAAAGUGCAGCACAAUCGACCACGCAGCAGUCUCAUUCACACAAAUAAAUAGACGUCACGAUCGCAUCACAGCACACGUAUUCACAAGUGUUUGAAUUUCUUGCAACAUGUAAGUGUAACAUGGAAGAUUUACAUCAAUAUAGUGACUAUUUGCCAUAGUUACGACAAAGAAACUUUUAGAACGGGCAUUUUUAUUUUUUUCUUUUAUGCGUAAAAGCAUUGUUAUUACAAGCACUGUGAAAAUACAUUUGCGAAGGAAAGACGAUUGCGGAGAAAAAGAUCGAUUUUCCUUUCGUAAGAAAAAGAAAUUUUUAGCCCUUUAUUCAACGAUAUUUAUUCGAGAAAAUUUCGAAAAGAUUAUAUACGUGUAUGGGUCGAUAAUAUCUAAUUAUGAAAUUUUUUGAAUGAGAUUCGUACCUCUUGUUAAUAUAUAGGAUAUUAUGAAAUCCUGUUAUUAUUAAGAAUAGGGAUGAUGUAUGAUGCUAUCCUAUUCGUACCUCUUGUUAAUAUAUAGGAUAUUAUGAAAUCCUGUUAUUAUUAAGAAUAGGGAUGAUGUAUGAUGCUAUCCUAUUCGUACCUCUUGUUAAUAUAUAGGAUAUUAUGAAAUCCUGUUAUUAUUAAGAAUAGGGAUGAUGUAUGAGAUAUAUUAUCCUAUGAGAUAAAUAAUGUUAAAUUGAGGGCUAGAACACGAUUGAUACUUGUGAGCUUCGAAGAUCCUUAUCGGAAACACAGGUCUAAUAAUCUAAGUGCAUUAAUGAUAAUGUAACAGUCAUGUAUGCGAGAAAAGAUGUAACUUUUCAUCGCGCCUUAAAAAUAAUGGCACAUGCAAAAAAAGAUGCAAAUAAAGGGGGGGAUAUAAGAAAUGUGAGAGGAAGAGUAUUACGUAUGGGUACAUAACACGCAAAUAACAUUAGAUCGAAAAGAUACUCUUAAUUACUAACCGUACACCCUCAAAGAAUUGUGUAAAUAUGUACAGAUUUAAAGUAAAAAAUGGGAAAAAAAGAAAAGAUUAACCAGAAAAACAUUAAUGAUCUAUUUAUACAAUGGAUAUAUAGAGUUCUGUAGUGUGAAACCUUUAGACUGGGUGCCCUUUUAGAGAAAGAGGAGAAAUAUAUAAAAACACAAAUAUAUAUAUAUAUAAUACAAUAUAUAUAUAUACACAGAUAAACAAUAUAUAUAUUGUAUAUCAUUUCUGUCUUUAUCUUUCUAUACCACCGACAUUGUAUAAAAGGAGAAUAUUGUAGCGUAAAUAAAUUAUUCUUGGACACACGUUUUAUA